UAGGGUAUAAAUUUUAUCCGCCACUUUUCAUUUCUUAAACUUGAAAUCUUAUGAUUUGAUCGAAGAUUGCUGGCAAAUGUCGUCGUACUUGACUUUGCGUGAUUUCCGAAUGGACGACUUCAACGACGUAUUUAAACGGGCAAGAGAUAUCGUUAACCGAUAAAUAAUAUUCUUUGCAGAUGACGAUCGACGACGAUGGCGACGUCGUAAAAGUCGGCGCGACUUCUCAUUCUUCAUGGAUCGUAAGUGAUCUCGCGGGAGAGAGAGAUGGUCAUCGUUAUGGGAUCCUGUGAGAAUCGCGCUCCUUAACCGCGAUUCGUCUGUCCUAAACGUCACGUCGAGUGUCGUCAUGACGCGUCUGAAUCGCGCAUGAACGAUCGCACGCUACUCCAGAGAGACCACCUCGUCGACGAUAUCUGGGAAUAAGCUGGUGACAUGUCCGAUGUUUAACGGUGUCUGAUGUAGGUGCGUCGUAAUUGGAAAAAAAAAAAAAAAAAUACGCAGCAGGCAAAUAGAUUUAUACAAUUGCGAGAGAAGUACAGAGAAAUACGCGAGUGUUAUAAAAAACAAAAACAUAAACACACGCACACGCACACACACACACGCACACGCACACGCACGCACGCAUACAUACACACACGUGAGGGAUGUGUUCCACGGAUGAAGGGUGGGGUCUUUGGGUACCGAUAAGGCUUAUCCGGAGAUACGAUGGUCGGCAACUGCGCUCGUCGAGUCGUCAGUUAUAGUGCUCAGGUGCCGUCGACGAGAUCGUCACGCCGCUCAGAUCACGGUGAUAUCGCAGUUCACGUGUCAUUCCGUAGCUCCGAGGAGGGGUAUCUUGAAAGUAUCCGCUUCCGACCCAGGCUGUGUCCGGCUGGAUUUCGCGAGGAUCCAAGAGACACGGGAAAGGUCGACCUCGGCCAAGAAGAGAGAGCUACAAGUCCCGUGUACGAGCAAGAACGAUAAACGGGCAAUCUCUGCCGCGAGAGCGAUUAAUCGCCGUUUUUCCACGGGUGCCUUGAGUUUUUAAUUUGACACUUUGGCGCUUUAAGUGGCCGGCGACAAAGAGCAUCGACGCGCAUUUGGAGGGUGCGGGAGGAAAAGCGAGCGAGGAAAAGUGAGGAGAAAAGGAUUUCAAAUUCGCCUCCACUGCUGGAUCGUGUCAACAUCGGAUCUCGAAAGAUACUCCAAUAUCCGAACUGGCGUUUCUAAAAUAUCACAAAAAUCGAUCGCAUCGAUCUCUCCCUAUCAGGCGCCGCUCGAUACGAAUUGAACAAGACUCCAGGCGGCCAACCAGCCUUCUCGGCCGCGUGUUUUUGUGUUCUCGGUGUGUUUAAUUCACGUGAUAAGUGUGUGCUUGCUCCCCGUCGAGAUUUCGGGUCUCGUUUCCCGAACACGAACGUGAUUCGUGAAUCGAGAGUGUAACCGUGCUCCGUUUGCAGUUCGCCCUAGAGAUCCUAGAGGCUAGCUUUGUUUCCCGCACGUACAGUAGAGUUUGAGGGUUGACGCCUUCAAACCGCAAGCGUGUAAUAAUCCUGUCUUCCUCAAGAAUAAACGAGAGCGAGCGAAGGGGGCACCGUCAACCGGUCGCCAAACGGACUCCCAUGAAAAUGCUACAGUCACUGAACGCUCUGGCGGGUAAAAUCUCGCCGGGCUCUCCCACCGACAGCAACGCCAACAAGGUGCACAUGCAUAACAACAACAAUAAUAACAACAACGUGGUGCACCACCAUCCCUACUCCAAACAACAGACCCAGCCGUCCCCGUCGCACUCGACCAACGGCGACCAAAAGGAAAAUACCAUAAUGAACAACAACAGUGUGGAGCAACCGGAUCCAGACAAUAUAAAGAUGUUUGUGGGACAGGUACCUCACGAUAUGGAUGAAAAUGACUUGAGGACGAUGUUUGAAGAGUACGGUCGAGUGCAUCAGAUAAAUAUCCUGCGAGAUAAAAUUACCGGUAGCCAUAGAGGAUGUUGCUUUGUAACGUUUUAUACUAGAAAAGCGGCUUUGGCAGCGCAAAACGCUCUUCAUAACGUCAAAACCUUCAGCGGGAUGCGCCAUCCAAUCCAAAUGAAGCCGGCCGACAGUGAGAACCGGAACGAACGCAAGCUGUUUGUUGGCAUGCUAUCGAAAAAAUUCACGGAAAACGACGUUAGGAACAUGUUUAGCGCUUACGGAAUGAUCGAAGAAUGCUCGGUGCUGAGGGACAGCACCGGGAAAAGUAAAGCCUGUGCCUUCGUUACCUUCGCUAGUAAGCAGUAUGCAAUUAAUGCCAUCAAAGCUCUGCAUCAUUCCCAGACAAUGGAGGGCUGUUCGUCGCCAUUAGUCGUAAAAUUCGCCGACACGCAAAAGGAAAAGGAUCAAAAGAGGAUGCAGCAACUCCAGUCGAAUCUCUGGAACAUCGCGGGAGUCAACAUCGCGCCGCAUUACCUAGCUAAUGACACGCAUACCUUGGCGCCUGCAUCGUUGCAGCUUUUGCAACAGUUGCAGGCGACAACGAGUGCCGCAACUCCGGUCGCUGCGAAUGCGGGAGCGGCGAAUGCGCUGUCGAAUGUGCAACAUCAGUUGUUGCUACAGCAACACCUUGGCCUUGGAGCAGCAACACCUGCGCAUGCAGCACCCCCCGCUGUGCCCAGUCCGGCAGAGAUCAACCCCGCGAAUCUGCAAAGUCUAGCCACCCUCGCGUCUCUAAGCACCACUGCUGCGAACGCGGGUGUGUCGCCAAUGAGUAUGCAGAACCUCGUCACCCUGGCAGCUAUGACCGGCGGGAACGGCAAUCUCCAGGUGUCGCCAAACACAUUAAGCGGCCUGGCGAAUUCGACAGCAGGGUCUACCGGAGGCAGUCUUAGUCCUGUAACAUCUCUAACGCUCAAUUCCUUGACGGGAACACCGUUAAAUGGACUUCAGGACUCCCUGAGCAAUGCCUACUCCAGCUUGCAACAGUAUGCAGCUCUCAUUGGAAAGACGACGGUGACCGUGGAAAAGAAAGAAUUGCAUAGGUUCCCCGCGUUCACCGCGGCUGCGGCCGCUGCAGCGGCGGCAGCGCAGAAGACGAAGUUCAGCAACACAGACAAGCAGAUCGAGGGUCCUGAGGGUUGCAACCUCUUUAUCUACCAUCUGCCACAGGAAUUCAGUGACACGGACCUCAUCUCUACCUUUUUGCCCUUCGGCAACGUCAUAUCCGCCAAAGUUUUCAUAGAUAAGCACACGCACAUGAGCAAAUGCUUUGGUUUUGUCUCGUAUGACAAUGCGUCGAGUGCGCAAGCGGCGAUCCAAACGAUGCAUGGUUUCCAGAUUGGCAUGAAGCGACUGAAGGUCCAGUUGAAACGGUCCAAAGAUGCCUCCAAGCCAUAUUAGCUGAUGUCACAAAACGUUCGUAGCAGGUGGCCUGUGACGUUGUGACCGUGUACUCUCGAUCGGAGUCGCCGUGCCAUGUCAGUCUCAGUCAGUCAAAUCGGUAUCGAUCGUUCGCUCAACCGAUCGAUUGAUCAAUCACGAUUCCCCGGUCGGUCUCUCGAUCAGUCUAUCUGUGUCUGUCGGUGCCUGUACAAAGAACAACAUCGCCCACGCGCUCUCACUUCUGCCGUAAGAUCCUCCACCUUGUCGAUCUCUUCUUUAUCUCUUCAUCUCAUCCCCUCAAACUUUCGCGCGCCUGUACACGAAGUCGCAACAUCAUUCGUACUUGGCGAUCGCGUCGAAAGGAUUGCCUCGCCGAUUCUCGAAUGGUUGCGCCUCGUCUUCUUGAUCGCAGCCUACGCAUAUAACAUGUCGGACAUGCAGGAGAGAAUUCGAACACGAUGCGAUGGGCGAACAAAGAGCUCGCGAUCGAGAAAAUGCAGAAAAGCACACGAUGAUGAAGAGGGACGAAAGGCCAGGAAAGGGACAGAAUGGAGGACGAUGCACGCACCGACGACCAACCUGGGUUCCUCGAACGAAACUAAACGCGCUAUUUUAAUUGUUUGUUCAACCUCCCUCUUGUGUAUAUAUACAGAUAUAAAUAUAUUAUGCAUAUAUAUGUGCAUACACAUAUAUGUGUACGUGUGUAUGGUAUGUGCGUGGUGGUUGAGAGCGCGAUGAUUCUCGUGAUUAACUAAUAAUGGUAGGUGACGCUCUACGUUUCACGGUGAAAGAGAACGGAAGGACAAGCGAGGAACGUACUGUGCGAGAGAAAUUUCUUCUAUAUACAUAACUAUACAUAUACAUAGUUAUAUACAUGUUCAUAAAUCGAAUUAUCGACUGAGAACUAUUUUUAUCGGCUCUACUAUCGGGAUCGCUAUCAACGCCUCGCAGCGCCUGUUUAUAUAUAAAAAUAUGCAUGCACACACACACACGUGUGUGUAUGCGCCGCGGCAAAUUGGGCGUAUAGACUAGAUAAAUGUAUGUGUACGAAGAAGCACGAGAGAUGGAGGCUGGAAAAAAAAAAAAUACGCGAAAGGACGUAUAAUCGUGCGGGACCGACGCGCGUGCGAUUUCUUAGGUUUACAAUCGUGCAAAUAUACCAAAAACGAAACGGAUACAAAGAAAUAUACAAAAAACCGAUAGAUAGCGAAGAAAUGAAUAUAAGAGACAUUUUGUAGUAAUGACUUUGUGAUAAGAUUAUAUAGUACGGGAGACCGUCUCAAAAUAAAACUGGGCCUGAUCGCUCAGGAGUAACACAUCAGGCGUCACACAUUUGCGCAUCCGAUUCUACAUUGUUAUCAGAGAUGCUUCGCGAAUAAAGACAAGUACAUGAGAUACGACAAACUUUUAAUGAAUUUUAAUAUCGGACAAGUUUUCUCGAUCGCACACUUGCUGCAUCGUCUUCUUCGUCGGAUUCAUGAAUUGCACUUCAUGCGAUCUUAGGUUUUUAAAACUGGAUAUAUAAUCGAUCGAACAAGUUAUUUGGACUAAUUCAACAAAAAUCUGUGCACUCUUUUUUCUCUUGUAACUGAAAGUCUUGUCAAUGCAAUCUGUAGAGUGCAAAGAAAAAAGAUUGCGACAAUAUUUGCGAAAUAAUUUCGCAGUCAAAAAGAAGAGAUUCAAGCAAACUGGCACUUAAUACGCAAGAUACUUUGGAAUAAUUCAUUCGUGACACCGAAUAUGAAUCUAUUUCUUGGAAAUAAACAGGAAGACAUUUUAAUUUUUUUGUUAAUCAUGAAUUUGUUAGUUUUUGAUAAUUAGAUUAAUGAACAUGAUGUAAUAUCCACAAAAAUAUCCAUAAUAUUUUCUCUUUACUAUCUAUUUAUUUUUGUAUUAUUUCAGAAAUAAUUAUUGAUCGCAAUUUCUAUUAAAAUUUAUUGAGAGAAAGCAAAUGUAUUUUUACGUUAUAAUUAGUGCGAGUAAUUACUUGAAACAAAAUAAAUAUUUAGAUAUCUUGCUUUUAAUGUAAAACAUUUACAAUAUACAUGAUAAAAUUCCAAGUGCCGUGUGAAUGUUUCCAAAAUCAUGCGAUAAAACAAUCAUGAAUAGUUAGAUGAACAAUCGUGAAAAUUGAUUGCAUGACAAAACUGUGCAAUGAUUUUAUUUGAAUACAACUAAACAAAAUCGUGCAAGAAUAUGUAUACAGGGUUAGUAAUUAAAAAGUCAUUCUAAGUGCUC